GGUAACUGUAAACAACGGGCACCUGCUAUCAAUUAAAAGUAAAACCUACAAUCCAGUAAAAAUGCCGAAGAAGAAAAGUGGAAAGAAAAAAAAGAAAUCUGCCAAGUCUUUAAAGGAAGACAAACAUGCAAACUCACCUUCCCCAGAUCCCGGAACUCUUGUUGCCGCUGACGGCACAGACGGAGGGAUAUCAGGAUUGCUUAAUGCUGAGUCCCCUGAUCCUAAGGGCAAGAAAAAAAGGAAAGGCAAGGGAAAAAAGAAGAAAUUGACAAAGUCUGAAAAGGAUCUUAGUAGGCUUGAAAAGGCCUGUGACAAGAUGAGAGCAGAAAAAGACCCAUUUCAUGACUUCAUCAAUACGAUGGACCGUUGGCUUGUAAACAACCAUAAAAGUAUCAUCCGCUACUUCCACAAGUUUGAUGAAGACGGGGAAGGCAUUUUGACUUACGAGGAUUUUAAGUCUGGCAUGCUAGAUAUGCUAUGUCCAUGCACAAAUGUGCAGCUUCAUAUGCUGUGUAAACUACUGGACCAUGAAAACACAGGCGACAUUGACUUCACACAGUUUUCAAAGGGAUUAAAGUACAUAAGGGAGUUGGAGGAUUUGGAAAGGGAGGAAGAGGAGGCAGACAAGAUUCUCAUUCUGUCUGAGCGCACCUUCGAGAAAUGCAAAUGCUGCAAAAUGUCCAUCUGUGGUCCGUACCAAGUCAAAUACCCCAAAUACAUAGAUUUGGAUUUACGACUAGUCACGUUCAAUGACAUUAAAAAACACCCCGGUCACAUUUUUGUACGAGUUCAUUCGCAUAUUCCUGUGUCGUCACUGCAAGAACUUAUAGUAGAAAUGACGGGAAUAAUGUCCACCAAACUUUCCAUAUUUUUCGACAAGUCGCGAAGUCGGGAGGCGAUGUUGCCUUUAGAGCAGACCCUACAGGACCUCGGAUUUGAAGGCGAUACCUACGAUGAUCCUGAAGAAUUAACACUAUACUAUGAUUAUAAAGUUGAGUUUAUUGACUGCCCACUACUCUUGUGUGACUAUUACUUUGGGCAGAAAAUUGAGCCCAAUAUUGGGAAAAUGGUAAUAGGUUAGAAAGAAAGAUAAACUAGUGGAAAGAGUAAUUUUUUUAAAUAAUUCUUUUGUCUAUAAAAUUGUCAUGAGAAAUUUGGUGAGUUCAUACUGAUAACCUCAUAUGAUUUACACAUCAGUUAAAUUGUGAUAAAGAGGGUGUUUCCUUAUAUCAUGUGAAACGUUUUUCAAAAAACCAAAUCAUAAACAAAAGCUGAUAUUACUCUUAUUAUUGCCAUCUCGGUGGCUUUGUUCGAACACACAGUUACUUUAUUCCGCUAGUAUAGUUAAGUGGUUACCGUGCUGUGUUGCCUGCAAAGCAUGGAAGACACGUAGGGUUUACUUUGUCCAGCGCCAUUUUUUGUUCGUCCCUGUCGUCGUUAUACUUUCUUUUUUUGAUCGCUUACUUUUGAAUGACUAGGUGUGUAGUUUUUAAACUUGGUAUGCAUAUUGGUCAUGGUCAAAACAAGGCUCCCAUUUUUAUAGAGUUAAUAGGUCAAAGUCAUUGUGACCUUGACUAGAUGAAUUACGUGCGUGUUUGUAUCCGAUCGCUAACUAUGAACGACUAGUCUUCAAACAAGGUAUGCACAUUGUUCAUGGUCAGAAGAUAACCCUUUUUAUUUUUGGGGCAACAUGUCAAAGGUCAUGGUCUUGUGACUUUUACUAGAACAAUAUGGACGCUUCUGACGGGCAACGCAUCCGAUUCUUGGCUUUCUUAUGUUUAUUUAAAUCUUCCAUGCUUGUAUUGCAGGCUAUCUUUUGUAUACUCACUCUUUUUUACACAGUAGAUUGUUUGUUAGAAUGUACAUGGAUACUUUAGAUGGGUUGCGAUGUGUCAUAAGAUUAAAAUUUGUAUAAUUGUCAUUCCGAUCCUGUGAUAUGUUAUCUUGAACUUGUAUGCAAAUGUUCCCAUCAGUGUUGUCCUAUUUAUUUAAUUAUCUAUGUAUAUUAUUCAUGCAACGUUCAAAAUGUUUUGUUUGAAAUAUAUAUGUUUACCAACUUUUUUAAAGAUUUAUUUAUACAGAGUUUACGUGUAUUAUUAAAUAAUAA